AUGAGCGUGACCCGCGUGUGUGUGUUGGCGUGUGUGUUGGCGUGUGUGGUGGCGUGUGUGGUGGUGGGCGUGUGUGACGCUCAGUAUGUGCCAUCCACGCCCUCUUACGGGCCGCCCCCGGCCCCCUGCUACGCCCCGACCGUUACCGUGUUGAGCACGACGACGGUGCUCAACACCAAGGUGCACACGACCUACACCACGGUGGUGAGGGAGGUGGUGCAGACGCUCACGCAGUACGUCACCAAGACGCACACCCAGACGGAGACGCAGCACGUCACCAAGACCAUUGUGAGCGUUGUCACUGAGACACAGAAGGUGCCGUCCACCACCUACCAGACGGUCUUCACCACCCAGGUGGCGACGCAGACGACGACGACGGUGAAGCAGCAUACAGUGACGGUCACCACUACUGAGGUCCGCAAGGUGGAGGUAACCCAGUGUCCCACCCCCUCCUACGGCCCGCCCAAGCCCGCCCCCACCUACCCCACCCCGCCAGCUACACCCACCUACAAGCCCGCCCCGUCCUACCCCACCCCGCCAGCCGCGCCCACCUCCGGCCCCACGCCCACCGUCGAUGGCUUCGGUGGCUUCAAGGGCUUCGGUGGCUUCAAAGGCUUUGACUUUAAAGACUUCAACCCAUUUUCAAGUUAUAAGUCUGAUCAGUAAUACGAAGGUAACAGGAUGAGAGGGGGCGGGGUGGGGAGGGGCCCCACGUCCCCCUCUUCUACGUCACACUAAGACAGUGAGGAGUGGUCUAUCUUACGGUGGUGAUUCCCAGGAUCAACGUCUCCGCGGCCCGGUCUCUAACCAGGCCUUCUGGUUCGUGGUCUGGUCAACCAGGCUGUUGGACGCGGCUGCCAGCGGACAGGUUCUAUCUCCUCAGUGUCAAAUGGUUAAGUUUUAGUGUCAACUCAGAUGUAGAGGUUUCAAUUCUUCUUUGUCUUAGCCUAAACUUGACCAUGUUGUUAUAUGAUUCUGGUUGUUACGUACUCGUUAUAGGAAUCAUUAUUACGUUAUUGUUACAGGAAUCAUGUCGUUGCGUUCACGUGUAGUGUAAUUAACCUGAAUGUUUACGAAAACUGUCUAUGCUGUUAUAACUUUUGUGGCGGUUUACUCACUAUUUUAACUCUUAUUGAUAGUCAUAAGCAUCAUAUGGUCAAUAUAAGCUGUACUUGCCUGUACCUCAGACCAUUACAGCAUCAUAUGGUCAAUAUAAGCUGUACUUCAGACCAUUACAGCGAACACCAGUGUGUUGGUCCUUAGGGAACCUCAAGACAAUAUUAACAGCUUCGGAUAGCGUCUUAUCUUGGCUUCAAACACAUUCUUAGGGCGGAUUUGUAUAUCAUUUGUUUCCCCUAUACUUUGUAAAUAAAAUGAAGUACUCAUUUAAUA